AUGGCCUCUACACAGGGUUUAGCUUUCGUCGGUGCAGAAUACUACCUCCCUCUUUAUUUCCAGUCUGCGAAGGAAGCAGCCCCCUUCCACUCGGGUCUCAUGGUCGGAACCGCCGUUGUACUCCUGGGAACUGGAUUAUUUAUCGAUUUUGGCGCCGCUUCCUCGCUGGGAAAAAUUAUUGUCUACCAGAUUGUCACCGGCAUGGGGUGCGGUCUUCUGUUCUUCCCACCUCUACUAGCUCUCCAGAGUAACGUGCCUCAGGACCAGACGGCCGCUGCAACCGCGACAUUUGGCUUUAUCCGCAACAUGGCGAUGGCUAUGUCGGUCGUACUUGGGGGCGUUGUCUUCCAGAACGGCAUGGGCCAGCAGCAAUCUUCCCUCCUCGUGUCUGGACUGCCUUCAUGA